CCGCACAACAGGCACCGGGCGGCGUACCGGGAGCGGCGGCACACCCGGCGCAGGGGCGCGUCCUCCCUCCCUCUCGGCGGCAGCGUCGCUCGGGGGCUCCGCGGUGGCUCCCCCCCGCCCUCGUCCCCACCCUCACGGCUCGGCUCGGCGCUGCGCUGCCAGCGCGGCCCCCGCCCGGAGCAGCUCCGCCGUGCCGCUGGCGGGCGACGCGCGGCCGCGGGGUGGCUUGAGGGCGGUGAGGCGGGACAGCGCCUCCUCACAGCUGCCGCGUGGGGCGCGGCGAGCGCCGGGGCUGCCCGGGAGGUGCCGCCGUUCGCCCGCUCUAGGCGUGACACAACGAGGCGCGGCGGGCGCAUACCGGCGCCAUCGCCCGCCGCACCGGAGGGGCGCCGGCACCCGCACCCGGCUGUGUCCCGCCGGCCCGCGCGGGGGCGCCGUCCGCCGCCGGGCCGGGAGUCCGCCGGUGCCUCACCGCCCCGCUUCCGGUGUGUGCCGGAAGCGGGAGCCGCAUAGCUUCCGGGUUGCGGCCACCGGCGGCGAUGGCGGGGCUGUCGCGCACGCUCGGCAUCUUCGGCGGCUUCGUGGCCGUGGUGGGGGCGGCCUUUUACCCCAUCUACUUCCGGCCGCUGCUGCUGCCGGAGGAGUACAUAAUGUCCUUUCUGUUCUGUUUUCCAGAGAAAGAACAGUCAAUAAACCGAGCUGGUAUUGUUCAAGAGGAUAUUCAGCCUGCAGGUGUUUUGAAUACAGAUAACUAAUGCUGGUACCACUGAAGUUCCUUGUAUUGAAGGAAGUGCACUGAUAAAGAGUGAAGAAUACCCAUCUGAAACCAAAGAGAUGGUGAAUAAAGACGAAGAAAAGGCAGCAAAAAGGGGAAGAACAUACAGGUGACAGAAGAAAGAAGUGACACAAAGAUGGGAGAAAUGCAGACAAAGCAAUUGUUAGGAAAUUAAUCAGGGAAUUACCCCAACAUACUAGAAAUCUGUCAGUUCCACAGGUGAAUGGGACCCACUCUGGUAGAUAACGCUGUCCUAGCUUCUACCACUUCACUUUUAAAACGUAAAAUCUGUCCCGAUCCUCAGAUGUCUUCAGCCACUAUGUCCAUGUUCUUGCAAGUGCUGUGCAAGAAAAACUCAUGCACACCAGCUCUGACAGAGCAGUGAAUACAGCAGGUGAAAAAACAGAAAGCUAAUUAAAAAUAAAUAUUAGAAUGCUGCUGCAAUUCCAUCAUGGGGCUUGACAUGAAAUGAAUUUUAAUUUAAAAAUAAGGGGCAAACAGUUCUUUUUAUAUUCUUAAUUUUUUCCUCCAUGACUCUUAAGGGCACCACAGUCAUGAUGCUUUGUUGCUCCCUAAGUUUUCCAACUGGAAGGGAGUUUGUUGAGUAAGUGAAACAAUAGAUGUGAAAACAGUAAGGGAAGGAACAUCCCCAUAACUCUGCUAAACUUGUUACAUUCCAUAGCAGAGUGAAGUGAGAAAAAAAACAAACAAAAUUAAAUUUGAAAUCUUUUGUUGGAUUUUGUUUUAAAACUUUCUGUGAAAAGAUUCAAUAGAUUUUUUUUUUUCAAUACCCAGACCUUCACCUGGCUGUAAUGUUUGGUUGCUGUUAGAAAACUUCAGACUUGGAUUCCUCAGACUGUUUCAUUCACCUAUGUCAGCCAAAAUGCCAGAGAAACAAUUUGGGCAUGCAGGGCCUAAACAGGAAGGGUUUAAAAUGUUGACCCAUCAUUCAGAAAGUAAAGAUCAGGAUUUAUUUCCUUCUUUUUCACAUGCUGCAGCAGAAAUUGUCUCCAAUUUCAGUGAUCUUGAAUAAAAAUCAUUUUGCUGGCACAAUGUGGAAAACAGAGAAAAUAUGAAAUAAAAGGCGUUGAGUCAAAAGCUAUAGUUAACUGACCAAGUUGUUAU